CGUAUUUUCCAAAAGAAAAUCCAUACUCAAAAUAACUCCGGUAUCAAUUUUAAAUUAACAAUCAAAAUUUAAUACGUGGCAUUAGAUUUCGCGGAUUCCAAGUUCGUUAUGUACAAAUUCGAUAAUAAUAACGGACCCGUUAUGUGCAAACAAACAUUUGAGAUGUACAGCAAAAUAACAUUUGGAUAUGUAAACACAAACAUAUACAUAUAACACAGUCACAUAGCCUAAUCUUCAGUACUCUUGCGUUUCUCUUAAAAGCAUCUUAAAGACGAUCGUCGAAAUCGAAGCAAGCAUGGCAACUGAGUACAAUUACGGUAAUUGGUGCUUCACGCUAAAGAAUAAAAUGAAAGUGAUAUUAAUAAAUAAUCACAACGUCUCUAAUAAGUUUUCCGUUGCACUGGAUAUUCACAUCGGUAGCUUUGCCGAUCCAAAAAAUUUUCCAGGAUUGGCGAACUUGUGUCAACAAAUGAUAAUUUGGGGAACAACCGCACAGUCCAACAGGUUUCAGAAACUUUUAUAUAAAUAUAACGGCGAUAUCUCCUUAACAACAUCAUCAGAGCAUACUACCUAUUAUUUCUACUUCUAUACAAAGGACUAUGAUGUUGUUGAGCAAAUCUUAGAGCGCUUUGUUCAGCUCUUCAUUUCAACUCCUUCCUUCAAUAACGCUUGUAUCGAAGAAAGGAUAAGGAUAAUGGAUUCAAAGUUAAAAAAAGAAUUGCAACAUAAUUGGUUUCAAUAUUUUGAAAGGUCUACGAUCAAUUCCGCUCAUCCUUAUUCAAACUAUGGCUUGUGCAAGGAAAAAAUAUUGACGGAAAUGUCUAUAGAAAACAUCAAAUUCACGUUACUCAAUUUCAUUUUGACAUAUUACUCCGCUAAUAUCAUGACACUAGGCAUCACGAGUAAUUAUGCAGGUGGAUUUGAACGGAUGGUAGACAAAGUAUUCUCUGAAAUACAGAACUCGGAAAUUAAACUUCCAAAAUAUUUUACGCCAUUUACGGAUCGAUUUUGCACUGUAUGGUAUAUUGCUCCAAAAAGUGAUACCAAGAAUUUAAUGAGACUUGCAUUUCCUUUGCCGAAUGUAGAAGAAGAUUGUUGGCGCAGGGCUGUAAAUUGUAUUAGCUUUUUUCUGGAAUAUGACAACGAAAAGUCACUAUUGGGUACAUUAAAGGCCAAGAAUUGGUGUAACGGUAUCUCUAUUAGUGCAUGUCAAGAAGCCAGAAAUCUAAAUUUUUUCCAUGUCGUUUUCACGUUGUUGCCAGAAGGAUACUGCAGGCAUACCUCUGAUAUUGUUCAAUUAUUUUUUGAAUAUCUUAAGUUAUUCAAGACUAAGUACUUAAACUUACCGAACCGUCGAUUUAUUAAAGUACUAAACAAUCUUGAACUAACUAGUUAUGUCCCUAUAACGUAUCAUGGGUAUUUGGGAAAGGUAAUUUCUACAAUAAUGCACUUGAAAGUUCUACCGGAAGAGUUCGAAACCCUCAAGAAGAAGAACAUAUUAUCGGAAAAAUCCUGGCCGCAUAAUGAAGUAUUAAAAGCAAGUACUUAUAAGAUUUAA